AUGAAGAACUUCUUUACGUCUCUUUUUACCACUGCGGCUCUACUGUUUCGGCUGUCUUCAGCGGGGCAGACACACCCGAAAGUUGAUUUGGGAUAUGAGAUACACCAGGCUCUCUCCUACAAUGAGACUGGUCAGCUUUAUCAGUUUGCCAACAUUCGAUAUGCUCAGCCUCCGCUCGGCGACCUACGCUUCGCAGCGCCAGUCCCACCGACUGGUCGUAACCCAGUCGUUCAAACUGGCAAUCUAUCUUACAUUUGCCCACAGGCGGGACCGGCUUGGGGAGUAAUUUCCAACUCAUUUCAAUCAGCUUAUAUAUCGAAUGAUCUAUCCCUGUUCAACUACACUCAUCUUGCUGAGAUGGCCCCAGAAAUUCUACCUACCUUGAUCUCUGAGCUCAAUCACGGGACUGCAGUGUCGGAAGAUUGCCUAUUUCUUGAUGUGACGGUGCCUAAGCAAGUUUUCAACGGCUCUUUUCGCAGAAGAGCUCCGGUCGUUGUCUGGAUUUACGGAGGAGCCUAUACACUAGGUAGCAAAGGUGUUAACCCUGCCGGACUGAUCAAAGCUAGCCAAUCGAAUAAUACCGCUGGGGUUAUUCACGUUGCCAUGAACUACCGGCUUGGAGCCUUUGGAUGGCUUGCAGGGCCAACACUCCAGGGUAUGGGCGGUGUGUCAAAUGCAGGCUUAUAUGAUCAGCGUCUGGCCUUGGGGUGGGUACAGAAGUACAUUCAUCUCUUCGGCGGCGACCCCAAUCAAGUCACUGUGAUGGGAGAGUCGGCAGGUGGUGGUAGUAUUAUGCAUCAAAUUACCGCCUAUGGGGGUAAUAAGCACUCGCUCUUCCAGCGUGCUAUUAUCCAGUCCCCUGGCCUAACACCAGCGGUCUCGCAGUUUAAACAAGAGAACAAAACACAGGCCUUCCUGUCCCUGCUGAAUGUCAGCACAAUCGAGGAGGCUCGCCAGCUGAGUUCCGACGCUCUUAUCAAUGCCAAUUCCUGGCAGGUUGGCAAUGCUUCCUACAGCGAUUAUGUUUGGGGCCCAGUCGUCGACGGCCUCUUUGUGCCUGCCCUUCCUGGUAUUUCACUUCUCAAUGGUGGUUUCUCGCGUAACAUUAGCAUCAUGGUGGGUCAUAACAAGAAUGAGAGUCCUUCAUUUACGCCACCAUGGGCCAACAAUACUGCUGCAAUUCGAGCUCUCUUUCCCGGCACUGACUUGUCUGUCAUCGACUACAUUGUGAAUACACUGUAUCCAGCCAACCUCAGCGACUCAGCAAUCAGCGCACGGUAUAGCUCCGGCAUCAAUCGAACUAUCGCCAUGGUGAAUGAGGAAAUAUUUACUUGCAACACAAACUAUCUCGCUCGCGCCUUCAAAAAUGAGACCUACAACUAUGAAUUUCAAGUCGCGCCGGCCCUUCAUGGCCAGGAUGUUUCCUAUACCUACUGGAAUGGUGAGGCGACAGACCACUCCACUGGAGUGUCACACGUGGUGGCCUCGAUUGCGAAGUUAAUGCAGGGUUACAUCACCAACUUCAUUGCUACAGGAAAUCCGAAUGGACCUGGACUGCCUAUUUUCCCAAAGCAGGGGCACAAUGCUACCAUGCUCGGUAUCGGUGGGAACAGGGCCAAUGUCGAGGUGCAGACAGAUGACACUGCCAAUACGAGGUGUAUUUGGUGGCAAAAAUCUCUGUGGCUCUAA